CUCACUCUUUCAAAUCGUCUCUCCAUUUUUCUGGUUUAUCUUUAUCUUCGUCGCUCUGGUCUGUCCAUCUCUCUGGUUUUUCUCUCAGUCCAACAUGUCCUCACAACCCUCCUCUUCGUUCCGGCUCUAUUGUUUGCCACCUUAUCCCAACCAUGUUUCUCAUCUCCGACCUACGAAACCACCGUUCCUUUGCAUGGAUCCGUAUGACUCCGAUGAACUGAUACUGCUUGAACAAGGGCUUUACGAAGAUUGUCCCUCACCUCCUUCAGAGAAAUCAAAGGAAGGCCUUGUUUUGAGUAAUGUUGCCAUUCGCCUAGCGGAUCCGGUGGUCGACUCGGAUUUGGAGUCCCAAAGCACCGAUUGUCCAGGCUAGACAACUUUGUCAAAAACUUACCAUGUCUGGCCUCUCCGGAGAUUAUUUGGGUUUGAUUUGGUGGAGGAUAGCUCUUACGGGUUUGGUGACACAAAUUCCGACGAGGAGGAGGUCGACUCGAAGGAAAGGGUUGGUCCAUGGGAUGAAUUCGGUGUGGAUAUUCCGUAAGGGGUGUAUUCUUAAUCUCUACUGUUUAUUUGUGCAUGAUUGUGUGGUCAUAUUCCUAACCCAUCAUCUUUACUCCUGUUGUGCAUUAUCUACUGUCCAUAUUCCAUCAGCCUAAUCUGUAUUGUUGAAUUACUCCAUUGUUAUUGUCAACAUGAUUUUGACAUUAUGAAAUUACUAAAUUAAUUGUGACCAAAAUGUGGGCUAAUACACUGUUAAAUCAAAAAAUAAAGACCUACUCCUCUAUGCAAAAAUAUGGAAUAUUUGUACAUGGUCUUGCAAAAAAUUGUUUUAAACCAAACUUUAACAACAAAAGUCAAAACUACCAGUGUGUACCCCUUUUGUAAAUUGGUCCAUUUUGUUACGCAUCAACCAUUUCUCCUUCCUCCACUCCUU